AUAUUCAUAAAUUCAGGAUCUUAGAAGAUAUUAUUACCCUUUUCGGAGGCAGUUUUGAUUCAGGCAAAACCGCCAAUCUGCCCAAUAUCAUAUACCCUUUCAGUCGCCCAUUAUUCCCCUCUCUCCUACGAGCGCCUUGUUGGCCUCGCUUUUUCACCAUGAGCGGCGGCGGCGUCACUAGGGUUUCGAUUCCGCACAACGCUCGGAAGGUAAUUCAAGAAAUCAAAAAGACCAUAGGAUCCAAGCACAGCGAUGAGUUCGUGUACACAACGCUCAAAGACUGUGAUAUGGAUCCUAAGGAAGCUAGCCGGAGAUUGAAGAUGAUUCAUGAUAUCAUAGAGAUCGCUGGGAAGCACAACGUAGAGGAUGUUUACACAAUGCUCAAAGACUGCAACAUGGAUCCUAACGAAGCUGCUCAGAGGCUCUUAUAUAUCGAUACUUUUCAUGAAGUUAAAAAGAAACAUGAUCGGCGUAAAUCUAUAAGCAGUGAUACAUCUGAAGAUUAUAAACGGACACAGGGUAAUCAAUGGCGGAGAAAUUUGAGUUCAGGGAAGGAAUAUGGUGUUACUAAUCGCCAAGAGAGGGUUUCAAGGCUGAUCAUUCCAGUUGAUUCUGUAAAAGUAAACAAUGGUGCACAUGUGGCAAAUUCUGUUGCCAAUGGCAAUGGUACAUUGGUUGUAUCUAAUGGGAGCUACAGUGAUAAGCUUGCACCUGAAUCAUCUUCUACUUCAGAUACUGUUGUGGUUUCCUCUAAGAACACUUGUGCUGUUGGUACUAUACAAUGUGAGAUUGUAAAACGCAGUGGCUCUACUAAAUCAAAUUCCAGACUUCCAGCUGGAACUGGAAUUAAGGUCAGUGCUGAUUCCAUUCCGGUUGUUGUAGAACCUGCAGAUUCUGACAAUGCAAGACAACUAAAGUCUGAUGUAGUUGAAGGAAUUGAGAUCUCUGAGUCUCUGAAGCCUCUUUCUUUAUCGGCUGUCAAUCCCAGUCAGGAUAAUCAGCCUCCUCAAUCGUUACAUGAGCCUGUAAAAGUGAAUGGCUGUUGGAUCCCUGAAGAAAAACCAGAGUUGAAGGUAUCUGGUGAUGUGGGUGUAGAAAAGUCAAGCUAUCAGGCUGUUAUUUUCCCUGAUCAUCUCCAAGUCCCUGAAAAUUUAAAAAGUCAGUUCACAUUUGGAAGUUUGGAUGUUGUCCAAGAAGCUUCUUCUUUAAAAUCAUCUCAUCCUGAUUCUGCUUUAAAACAUGAUGAGACAAAAAAGGUGGAGGUGGAGGUGGAGGUGGAGAUGAUGCCUCCAUUAGGAUUAGGAGGAGGAUUUCAGAAUCCAAUUGUUCAAAGGGACUACAGUUUUGGUUAUAUGCCACAUCUGAUGGGCCCGGGCCCACAUUUUCUACAUGUUGAUGUACCUGAGCUCCAGAGUCAGAGUGGGAGUGGGGGCUCUGUGGUUACAUCCGGAAUAGGUCAAACUCCUGCAACACAAUCUGCAACAGUAGGAGCAGCCCAGAAUCCCAUAUCAUUGUCUCCACCUCCUCCUCCUCCUCCUCCUCCUGUUUUUCCCUAUUUUAGACAAGUAUUUCCAAGUUAUGUCCCUUAUAAUCCUUAUUUCCCACAUUUUUAUAUACCACAAAAUGCUCACUUGUUCAACCAUGCUCAUGCUCAUGCUCAUGCUCAUGGUGUAUUCCCUACUCACCAACCACCACCUACAUCAACACCAGUACCAGCAGCAGCUACAGGGAUCAAAUUCCCUGUUCCUCAGCUCAAACAAGGAAGUAAUGAUGACGAUGUUACUGUUUCUCAAUCUCAACAAAAAGAUAACAACCUUCUUCAACAGAUACAGGGUGAAGUUUGGGGUAGAGAGGUAGUGCCGAAUUAUUUUUACAACUUUGUUCCUCAAGCUCAAGGACAUGGACCCAUAUAUCAAUAUCAAUAUCAAUCUGCUUCUACUUGUAAUGUACAGCCAGUGAUAGUACCGGUUCCAUUGAUGUAUCAAUCUCAGUCUACUACGACUGCUGCUGCUACAAAUACAAUUGAACCAUCACCAUAACUGGAACAGCAACACAUCACUGCCACUGCAUAGAGAUAGAGAUACAGACAGACAAGUUGAUGGAUGAUCCCCUACCCCACCUUUUAUUAUUUCAUCAUAUUCAGCUUUAUUUUUGGAAAAAAUACAAUAUUAUAUUUUCGGGGGAUGAUGAUGAUGAUGAUUCAACUAAGACUGACUGAGUGUAUAUAAACAAAAAUUCCCUGCC